GUACGCAGUACCAAUUAUCAGAUGGGAUCGAGCGAUUCCGUACGGGCACGGCUUUUUUUAAAUCGGUGCUCUCUAUAUAUAUAAAACCUCCAUCUUCUCUCUCUAAGUGUGGUUCUUUAGUUAGAGACAUGACAGCAGCGCACUCAGGUCCCGAAAGCCACCCCCUUUAUCAGUCACGCUUUGCUGAUUCUUGCCGCCUCCCCUUUUGCUUUUGGCAGCAGUUUUUUAUACCAAACAGAAUAAAACCCACCACCAACAAAGCCAUGGAAAUUAGAAGCGAAUAAAACCCGCCACCAAAACCAAAGACACAGAAAGAGAACUACCAAUAAAAACUGAAGGGAUCGAGUCGAAGCAUCCGACAUAAUCGGAGAGGAGAAAAACUCAUCUAUUGAAGAGGAAACACAGAACAAAACCCACCAUCCAAAUGAAGGUGAAAGUGGUGGAAUACACGUACAGAGAGCUCGAAAUUGCAACAGAGAGCUUCUCCAUAAACAGGCUGAUCGGCAAAGGCAGCCAUGGUUCUGUGUACAAAGGUGUCCUCCUCGACGGAACCACCGUUGCCAUAAAGAAAAUCUCCAAUGGCCUCCAAACCCUGCAAGAUCAAACCAAACUCGAAAACGAAAUCGUCGUCCUCUCCUCCCUGAACCGCAGCUCCUUCUUUGUCAACCUCCUCGGUUUUGCCCGUGCCCGGGAUAAUGACCACUUGCUGGUAGUCACCGACUUCAUGCCGAAUGGCACCCUCCACCAGAUGCUGCAUAGCUCUGCAGCCCCAAUCUUGCCACCGCGUUGGUACCGACGCACGAACACUGCGUUCCAAGUCGCCAAGGCCAUCGCAGCCUUGCACGAUAUAUCUGUGAUCCAUCGUGACAUUAAAUCGGCAAACAUUCUUCUCGAUGACCGUCACAGAGCGAGGCUAGCAGACUUUGGCUUAGCCGUUCGCGGUCCCGGGUCGACAGCCGCACCUGCGGGCACAAUCGGGUACCUUGAUCCAUCCUACACAGCACCUUCAAAGCUGAGUACAAAGACUGAUGUGUACAGUUUUGGGGUCGUCCUGCUAGAGCUAUUAAGUGGGAGACAGGCCGUGGAUGUCGAUCACGAGCCGCCGAUGGUGGCAGAGUGGGCUACACUGCUCGUUGACGAGGGCCGAGUGGCGGAGGUGUGGGAUAGACGGCUCGGCCCACCCGCAGCAGCGGUGUGGGCUUUGAUGGCGGUGGCGGUGAGGUGUGUCGAUAAAGCGGAGGAGAGGAGGCCGUGUAUGAAAGAGGUGGUGCGGGAGCUCAAGGGGGUUGUGCAUCGUGCGAGGUUUCCGGUUUGGGGACUCAUUGCUGGUUGCUUUUUGCAGAGCCCAGGAGAUCGAACGAGAAGGAUCGUUUGCAGAGAACACCAUACUGUAGAAGCAGAAAGAGAGCAUCUGAUUCAAGGGGCGGAAGCUCCUGAUUGAUCUUCCAUUUCUGGUUUGAAUAAUGGUGUUGAAUCCAAAACAAAGGAAAAGAAGGGUAAAACCACGUUUAUUUAUUUUUGGGGAGGAACUGAACCCGUGAUUGAGCUCAUGGAAUUGAGGUGUUUCAUCCAAUUCAAUGAGUGAUUUCAGUUGUAUUUUAUUUUUUUCUCUA